GAUAUAUGAACAAGAUGAAGACAUCAAGGAUAAGAUAAGAAGUUUUGCAAUAAAAUAAAAAACCGCUCAAGGGAAGAUUUAGUGUUAAAAGUGUACACCACACAUUGAAACAUGAUGGGUGUCUAUGGUAUUCUUUGUACCCUACUAGUGGUAUUAGGUUCAGCUCAUUAUUGUACAGCAUAUUACAAUGCCUCCCACGAAUCAUAUAAACUUCCAUGUAACCAGGACGAAUUAGAUUACCGUGCAUACCCAUAUGACUGUCACAAAUAUAUAGCGUGUGAAGAUAAUUCUCUGGUAGUCCUGGACUGUCCCAACAUUUUCAUUUGGAAUGAAGAUCGCAAAGCUUGUGACUUUGCUGCAAACACCGAAUGCCACCAAAUUCCAUUUCCAGAACCCGACUGCUCGGAUGGCAAAAAUUCUUACUGGAGAUAUCCCUUUGAUUGUGCCCUAUUCUGGGAGUGUAUGAAUAACCAAUUGUAUCUUUUGCCAUGCCCUGAUGAUUAUUUCUGGGAUGACGCCAUUAAAAAAUGUGAUAUUAAUGAAGCUGUUGAUUGCUCUGGCAUCAUUCCUAAUCCAAAUAGCACAACUACUCAAGCUCCAGCCACCACAACUAGUGAACCUUUUCCAUAUACAACUCCUGAAAUGAUCUGUACUGAUGACAACACCUAUUUCCCUUACAUUUUUGAUUGCUCAAAGUACUACGAAUGUUCCAACGGAAUACCAGUUCUAAUGGAUUGCCCAGCAGGCGAGUUAUGGAAUAUUAUCAUAAACAACUGCGAUUGGCCCGAUAAUGUUGAUUGCUCUUACGUUGUUACCACAAGUGCAAAACCUACAUCUGCUGCCCCAGAUACUUCCACCUCAGCUACGCAAAGCACUCCUUCACAAGUUCCCACGGAAUCAACUGCUGCCCCUGGACCAUACACAACACCAGAUCUCAUAUGUACAGAUGAAAAUAAUUAUUUUCCUUACAUUUAUGAUUGCUCAAAAUACUACGAAUGUUCCAACGGAGUACCAGUUUUAAUGGAUUGUCCAAAAGGAGAAUUUUGGAAUAUUAAACUGAAUAACUGCGAUUGGCCUCAAAAUGUUGAUUGUUCAUACGUUGUAACCACAUCUGGAGCAUCUACUGUAUCUACUGAAGCACCUACUAAAGCACCUACAGAAGCACCUACUGAUGUACCUACCGAUGCACCUACGGAAGGACCUGGACCAUACUACACGACACCAGAAAUUAUAUGUAAAGAAGAUAAUACUUAUUUCCCAUAUAUUUUUGACUGCUCCAAAUAUUACGAAUGCUCAAACGGACAGCCAAUUCUAAUGACAUGUCCUGCUGGACAGUUAUGGAGUAAUUUACUAAAAACAUGUGAUUGGCCCGCAAACGUCGAUUGCUCAUACGUCGUAACCACUCCUGGUCCAGAUACAGCAACAACUUAUUAAAUUAUUUAUAUGAUAAAAAAUGUAAAUCUUUUAUUUUUUUUAUUUUUAUUUGUGUCGAAAACCAAAUACUCUCUAUCAAUAAAAUACUUAAUCCCUGCAAAAAAA